AUGGGACUUGGCGGUGUGUUGUCUCAACGGAAUGGUGAUCAAGAGAUUGUGAUAGCGUACUUCAGCAAGUCGUUGUCAAAGCCGGAAAGCAACUAUUGUGUCACAAGACGGGAAUUGCUUGCUGUGGUAAAGUUCUUGCAGCAUUUUAGCAAAUAUCUCCUAGGGCGGAAAUUCUACUUACGAACUGACCAUGCUGCACUAAAAUGGCUAUUGCAAUUCAAAAAUCCGGAAGGACAAGUUGCGAGAUGGAUUGAAAUACUACAGGAAUACGACUUUGUGAUCGAACAUCGCAGCGGGAAAUCUCAUGGCAAUGCAGAUGCAUUAUCAAGAAGACCUUGCCCUGAAGAUUGCAAGCAUUGUACUAGGCAAGAGGGUAAAGAAGUGGUAUCCGCGAGGAUAUUCAGGACAGACCAGCUCAGCAAUGAAUGGAAGGACAGCCUACAACAUGCACAGCAGGAAGAUCCGGACAUUAAGCCGAUUCUGGAAUGGAUGAAGGCCAGUGCUCCUAAGCCCAAGUGGAGCGACGUCUCAGCAAUGAGUUCGACCACGAAAAGCUAUUGGGCCCAAUGA